UUUGAUUUUCCUCAUCUGGGGCAAGCAGAGGGAUACAAGAAGUCACACGAGACCAAUGUGAGGAAUUUCUCCAACGAAAUCCUUUGAUAAACCAUGGAUCCAGGAGAUACAGACUGGAGCCGUUGGUCAACCCAGAGUGACAUGGAGUCGGGACUGGAUAUGGUAAAAGCUGAAGAUUCAGUGAUUAGUUCUGAGACUAGAUCUGACAACAUUGGUGAUGGAAGCAACCUAGGGGCAGAUGAUGAUUACAUGACAAAGUAUGGCCUGUAUGAUGGCUAUGAUAGCUACAAUGAUGUCAGUGAGAGUUCUGACGAUGGAGAGGGUAUGGAACCAGAAGUGGUACAGGAGAGUCCAGUGUACACUCCUCCAGUUGGACAGAAAACAGAAUACCGCUUCAUGAAUGGAAAAGAUGGCAUGGCUACAUGCGAGAUGUGUGGAGCAAUUGGGAUAAAGCAUGCAUUCUACUCAAAAUCCAAAAGAUUUUGUAGUUUAGCAUGUUCACGCGGUUUUGCUGCAGCUCAGAAGGAAGGGAAGUUACUGUCAAUGCAAAACCGUGUUCAGGUACAGAAACCACGAAUACAUGUCAAAGUUGAACCAGGAACAAAAUCUAAGCCAAAAUACACCAAACCUUCACCAGUUGGUAAUGCUGCCAUGUUAUCCAUUGGUGGGAACAGUAAGCAGGGAAAUGGUAAAUCCUUUGAUUGGGCCACUUUUUUGUCUGCCACAAAUGCCCAGGCUGCUUCUGUUAACUGCUUUAAACAUUGCCCAAUGUCUGACUGCUGGGAAAACAUAAAUGAAGGGAUGAAGGUAGAGGUGAUAAAUCAUGACUGUGACUUGGCCAAUACUGUAUACUGGAUUGCCACUGUCAUCAAAGUUGCAGGCUACAAAGCUCAGCUACGGUAUGAAGGCUACGGUAAUGACCAGUCUAAUGACUUCUGGAUAAAUCUUAGCUCUCAGGAUGUGCACCCUGUGGGCUGGUGUGCCACAAUAGGAAAGCCUCUGGUCCCACCUCAAACCAUACAGCACAAAUACACAGACUGGAAGGACUUCCUGGUUAGGCGAUUGACAGGAGCUCGCACAUUACCCAGUAACUUUUAUCACAGGGUCAUUGAGAGCAUUAACAACCACAAAUUUAAGAAGGGUAUUAAAGUGGAGGUGGUUGACAAGAUGUGUGUGUCGGCGAUGAGAGUGGCAGUGGUGGAUGAAGUGAUUGGCGGGAGGCUGAGGCUUCAGUAUCAGGAGAAAGCAGAGGAGAAUGAUGAUUUCUGGUGCCAUAUGCGAUCCUCUUUGCUACACCCCAUAGGAUGGUCGCAGCAUGUGGGACAUAUCCUCCAUGCCUCCCAAGAAUACAAGAACAAAAGCCUGGGGAAAGUGACAAUGCAGAAGUAUGACCCAGAUGAUGCUACUCCUGAUAUGUUCAGAUCAAUGAAGGAGCCACCUAGUGGUCUGAAGUUCCAGGUAGGAAUGAAGCUGGAAGCAAUAGACCCACUAAAUCUGGCCACAAUCUGCGUGUCCACAGUCAUGAAGGUGCUAAAGGAUAAGUACCUGAUGAUAGGUAUAGAUGGCAGCAUGGCACAGUCGGGCUCUGACUGGUUCUGCUACCACAGUUCUUCACCAUGUAUCUUCCCUGCUGGUUUUUGUGAAAUCAAUGAUUUAGAUCUGACUCCCCCUAAAGGAUACAAAGGCCAGUUCAAGUGGUUUGAUUACCUACGACAGACCAAAUCUUCAGCUGCACCUGUUAAGCUAUUUGAUAAGGAAAUCCCAAAACAUGGCUUUAAACCAGGAAUGAAAGUUGAAGCUGUGGAUUUAAUGGAACCAAGACUGAUCUGUGUUGGGACUGUGGUCAAGGUGGUGGGACGUUUGUUGAGGAUCCACUUUGAUGGCUGGGAAUCAGACUAUGACCAGUGGGUGGACUGUGAAACGCCUGACCUCUACCCCGUGGGCUGGUGUGAGAUGAUGGGCUACAACCUGGAGGGGCCCAGAGUAAGAGAUGUCUCUCAGCCAUCACCACACAUUAUACCAAAGAAGAGGAAGGGGAAAACACAGAUUUACAGAGGACCACGCAAAAAGAGGAAGCCUAAAGGUGGAGGCAAGCCUGUGAAGGUCCUGUCAGACAAAACCAACCAAAGAACAGCUCUCCCGUUCCAUGUGAAGUCAGAGCAGCAGUUUUCUCUGUCCAAUGAGCUGAUGUCUGCCACCCUCCCACCACUCAUUGAUCAGGGCAAUCAUAAGUCAGGGGAGACAACUUCUAGUCAAGUCUCAGCAGGUAAAGCUGUGGUUAAGGAAGAAGAGGAGAUGGAGACAGACACCCCUCCAGCUUUAAGUCCUCAGAGCUCAGCCUCUGGACCACAUCACACUACAGGUGUCAAUGGACAGAUGCCUGAACUGGCAGGCCACAUGGACUGAUCGCUCAGCUGAGGUCAUCAAACCUUUGCUGCUGAGUAAACUGUCCAAUGGCCAGGGGCAGAAGCAGAGCAUUACCAAGGCCCUGGUCACUCUGGCCUCCUCUCCUGUGAUGUCCCCACCCACCUGUGUCCCCAGUCAGUGUGAUGACCCCGGCAUGAAGACAUCUACCCCUAAAGUGAUAUCAGGGACAGUAGGCCUGUCAAGUCUGGCAGCUCAGCUCAGGCCCCUCAGUCUGUCAGAGGUCCAGCUGGUGACGGCCCGAGUCUGACCACAGUCAAGGCCUCUCCAGCCCACAUCCCACGUAUCAUCUCUUCAGAUG